AUGCGGAUAACGCUUUCGCUCGCGAACUUGCUGCUUGCAGCCAUGGUAUCAUGCCAGCACGACGGCAGCAACCGAGAGGCCGAUACUCCAGACGCCACAGCCACGCAGCCUUCAUUGACUACGCCACUCAGUUCAGCUUCACAGUCCCGCGUUGGUCGAAAUACCAAAGACAUCGCCAAGGCCUCUUCCCUAGUCAUUCCAGCACCAGUCCCGACAACUUUCAUCACAUCCAAGGAGCCCGCGCCGUCGGGAGCACUACUUGCCCCUCCAAAAGGACGGCGCCCCGCAAAUGGUCUCCCCUGGUAUACCGAAAAAGACAUCAAGAGCGUGAAUACGGUCUGGUGCGUCUCUAGAGGCCACUACGACGUCACCCACAGGCCCUUUCACGUCUGGGCCCUCGCCGGACAAAUCCACCCACGCCACAAACACAAAUUCACGUUCCCUACGCUCAUGAAAGAGGAAGAACCAGGAGGAGAAUACGAGAUCAUUCCCCGAACCUACCGCGUCACCGCCAAUAACUACCUGCCGGACGUCGUGGACGUUAAAGAUCUCCUCUGUAUGUAUAUCAGGGCGAGAAACUUUGGCGAGAUCCGGCCGGAUAUCGAGACUGGCACAAACGCCAUAUUAGCCAAGAUUGACGAUCACACAUUGUUGAAAAUCAUGCCCUACCCCACCGUUAUCAAGGUCGAGCCCCUUUUCAACAUACACGGCGAGCCUCAUCCAAACGAUUGGAAGAACCAGCAAGAUGAUAGGCCUCUGAGACCGGUGAAGCAGAGGCCCAUCCCCGUACCGACGUUGCUACCAUGA